AUGGCCGGUGUGCUGCUGGACAUCCUGCGCCAGGCCAGCGAGGACGGCGGCGGCAUCAUACCCUACACCGAGUUCCACAACGCCCAGCUGUCGGAGCACGCCAACCUGCAGGCGGAGUAUGUGGCCUGGCGCCAGAACACCAGCACCACCGCGCUGUGCAGUAUCUGCCAGAUGCCCUACCUGCUCACCCCGGAAGCCAAGAGCUUCAUCAUGCACGGCGAGGCAGCCAUGCAGCAGCAGCAGCAUCUCUCGGCGGCGGCCAUGCAGGCCUUCUUCUCCGGGGGCAGCGCCGCCGUGGCCGCUUUCCUGCAGAUCCGGGUGCGGCGCAGCCACGUGGUGGAGGACGCGCUCAACCAGCUGGCCCACCUGGAGGCGCAGGACCUGAAGAAGCCGCUGCGGGUGACCUUCAUCACGGGCGGCGUGCCGGAGCCGGCCCAGGACGAGGGCGGGGUGACCAAGGAGUUCUUCCAGCUGCUCACGCGAGACCUAUUCAGGCCAGAGUACGCCAUGUUCACAUACAACGAGCUGACACGCACCCACUGGUUCAGCCCCGCCUCUCUGGAGGCCGAGGACGAGUAUGCGCUGGUGGGGGCAGUGCUGGGGCUGGCCAUCUACAACGCCGUCAUUCUGGACGUCCACUUCCCGCUGGCGGUGUACAAGAAGCUGCUGGGCAUCAGGCCCACCUUUGCAGACCUCAAGGCCGCCUUCCCAGACCUGGGCAGGGGCCUGCAGCAGCUGCUGGACUUUGAGGGAGACGUGGAGGCGGUGUUCUGCCGCAGCUUCACCGCUCAAUACGAGUUCUACGGGGAGAUGCGGGAGGAGGAGCUGAAGCCAGGGGGUGCGUCCAUCCCCGUCACCGCCGCCAACCGGCGCGAGUAUGUUGACCUGUACACCGCCUGGCUGCUGGAGGGGUCUGUGGGCAGGCAGUUUGGCGCCUUCCGGGCCGGCUUCCUGCGCGUCUGCGGCGGGCCCGCCCUCACCCUGUUCACCCCCGCCGAGCUGGAGCUGCUCGUCUGCGGCCUGCCCCACCUCGACUUUGAGGCGCUUCAGGCGGUGGCCAAGUAUGAGGGAGGCUACUCCGCGGAGCACCAGGAGGUGCGCUGGUUCUGGGAGGUCCUGCACAGCCUGUCUCUGGAGCAGAAGCGGGCCUUCCUCAUGUUCACAACCGGCAGCGACAGGGCGCCCGUAGGAGGGCUGGGCAAGCUGCCGCUGCUGAUCCAGAGAGCUGGGCCCGACUCAGACAACCUGCCCACCAGCCACACGUGCUUCAACAGCCUGCUGCUGCCCGAGUAUGCCAGCAAGGACAGGCUGCGCGCCAAGCUGCUGACGGCGGUGGAGAAUGCGCAGGGCUUUGGCCUGCAGUGA